AUGCCGGCCACCGCAGGAAGAGUUCGUAUGCCGGCGAACAACCGUGUUCAUAGUAGUGCGGCGCUUCAGACUCACGGAAUAUGGCAGAGUGCGAUUGGUUAUGAUCCUUACGCACCAACAACGAAAGAGGAGCCGAAGACGACUCAGCAGAAGUCCGACGAUCCCGAGAACUCUUACGCGAGCUUCCAGGGUCUUUUGGCUCUUGCCCGUAUCACUGGAUCGAACAACGACGAGGCUCGUGGUUCGUGCAAGAAGUGUGGCCGUGUCGGGCACUUGACGUUUCAGUGUAGGAAUUUCUUGAGCACGAAGGAGGAUAAGGAGAAGGAUCCCGCCGCGAUCGAAGCGGCUGUUAUGUCCGGGCUUGAGAACAUUAGGAGCCGUGUUGGUAGAGGUGGCGAGGGGAAGGCGGAGGAGGAAGAGAGUAGCGAGGAGGAAGAGGAGAGCGAGAGUUCUGAUUCUGAUGUUGAUUCUGAGAUGGAGAAGAUUAUAGCUGAGAGGUACGGGAAGAAGAAGAAAAGUGGUGGUGGUAGUGUUAAGAAGACGACUACGAGUUCGAGGAAGAAGAAGAAGCGUGUCUCUGAUGAUGAGUCUGACUCUGAUUCAGGAGAUAGGAAGAGGAGGAGGAGGUCGAAGAAGCGGAGGUCGCAUAAGAGGAGGAGUGGGAGUGAGUCUGAGGACGAGGAAGAAGGAAGGAGUAAGAGGAGAGGGAGAAAGAGAGAUGAUGAUGAUGAUUCUGACGAGUCUUGUGAUGAAAGACGCGUGAAGCGAAAGAGUAGAAAGGAGAAGAGGAGAAGGAGAAGCAGGCGUAAUCGUUCUGAUGACUCUGAUUCGGAUUCUUCCGAGGAUGAUGCAAGUGGUAGAAGGCAGAAGCGGAGGAACAAAGUUGCAGCUUCUUCAGACUCUGAUGUUUCAGGCGGUGAUGAUGAUGUUUCACGCGUUGGAAGAGGUUCUUCUAAGAGGUCUGAGAAGAAGAGCAGGAGACGCCAUCACAGGAAAGACUGA